AUGUUGUCCCAUGUUUUCAUAGCAGUCACUCCUACAAUAUUAACCUGUCUACGUGACCUUGAGAUAAACGACCUUCAGGGUGGAAAAAUUCAUGGAGAGACUGUAGGACUCACGCAGACAAGGAAAGACUACAUCCCCAAAGAGCAAGCUUUGUUGAAGAAAACGUUCACUCAAUACACCGUCUGUCUGGAGAAGAUCUUGCUUUCCGAUGGAGAUGGAUGGAGUUUCCUUUUGGAUGAUAUCGUAAAGAUCAUUUGUGAUCUCAUGAGCUGGCUUGCUGGUCUACAUGAUAAAUCCAUAGUAUAUGGAGAUGUGCGAGCUGGGAAUAUCUUCAUCAAUGACCAUAUGAAAGCCUUUCUCAUCAGCUCUGAAAAAUCCAAGGAGCAGAACAACGAGGCUGCACUUCUUGAUGAGUCUCUCAUUGAUGUGAAAGCAAUGUGCAAGGUCAUGGGUGGCCUCUACGCAUUCUACAUGAGGAUGAAACCUCGAGACUCUCAGAAGAAAGCAGAGACAGCAUUGUUCGCUCUUCUCCGUAGAGGAUACAGAGAUGGUAUAUCAGCAAAGGACUUUUUGGAAGUGCUUAGGCGAAUCGUAGUUGAUGUAGGUGAGCAAGAAGAGGCUCCCCAAGAAGAGGCUCCGCGACAACCACCAAUAAAGAAAAUUUCAGAGCUGGGAUCUGCAGUUGCCAUCAGCCAGGGUCUAUCAAUGAAGAUCCCGAGUUCAGAGCCGCGACCUGAAGCCGUCGGCAACAAAGUUCCGCUGCAAGCAUCAAGAGACGCCAACAAUGAAGGUCCAGGAAACAAGUCUAUGGACAUGGCCAUGGAAGAUCACUGCUCUACAGUUGGAGCAACCACCCAUGCAGAUCGAGUUCGCGAGCAAAAGAAGGCUGGAGCUGUCACUAACAAGAUACCAGAGCUGGGAUCUGCAGCUCAGAGCCAGGGUUCAGAGCAAGUACCUGAAGCUUAUGUCAGCAACCAAGUACCUGAUGCUGUCAGCAACCAAGUUCCUGAUGCUGUCAGUAACCAAAUACCUGAUGCUGUCAGCAACCAAGCUCCGGUGCCAGCAUCAGGAGCGAACAACGAGGGUCCAGGAAACGAAUCUAGGGACACGACCGGCGAUUUAGAUAGUAGAGAGAUGGAAGAUGGCUACUCUACAGACGGAACAUCCAUUCAUGAGACGCUCAUGGCAGAUAUGGAGAUGGAGAUGUUCCAAUCUAAAUAACAAGGGUCGUCCGAUGAUCCAGGGUUUUUUGUCCAGAAGAGAAGCAGAACAACAAAGUUUAAAAUCCAUCUGACAUCAUGUGGAGUAAUUACAAAGGUGAUAUGAUAUUCGCUCUAGGUGUUAUUUUGUUAAAGGGAGAUGGUCGUCAGUUUUCACAUGCAGAAGGUCAUAAUUUGCUGACACCAGACUUGUUGGAAAUAACAUUAUGAGUGUACAAGUCUUGCACACAGCAAACUCGUAGUCCCAUCAAGAAAUACCCCUUAUUCUGUCAGAGACUCUUCGGGUGAGGUAAAUGUAAGAUAAUGUCUUUAUCAUGGGGGAUGGGUGGAAAAUGCAGAGCAUCACACAAAACCUGUUGGUCAAAUAAGUGAAGGAUAAUCCUGGUGAUUGACAACACUUGUUAAUGGGUAAAACACCCGAAUGGUGUUGAAUUUCUCAUGAGAGCCUGCUAGUAUGCAUCUUUAAAGAUUUAGGGUGAUGGCUAAUUUGGGGUUUUAGAUUAGGGUUAAGUAUAGCAGGGUUUCCACAGUGGUGGACAAAGUCAUAGAAAAUGAAAAAUCUCCCAAUAGUCAUUGAAAGUCAUGGGUAUGGGCUGUGUGUUGCUAUGGCAGCCUUUCAGUUCAAACUAAUAAUGGUUGUGCGUGGUAUUCGUAUGCAGCUUGGAUGCCGCAACCCAUACCAAAAUGUACUUAAUACCUGGUCAUAGAAAAAGGCUGUUAAGGGUCAUGGAAGUAAUGGAAAACCAUGGAAUUUGGUUCUCAAAUUUCUGUGGGAACCUUGCAUGGUACAGUGAUACAGGGUCUAAGUUAGGUUAGAGCAUUUACUGGUAUUGUUUUUUAAGCAUGUGCUGUACAAUUACAACAUACACCUCAAAGCAACCUAUGCAUUAUUUUUCUGAGUAGAAUGAUUUGAAAACAUGUGAUGUAAAAUUAUUUUGUUUGGGGAAAUAUAUUACUACCGGGUAUAUCUUCCAAACUGUUUUGGGGCUUUAAAUGAUAGGUCAUUUAAAUCAAUGUUGUUUGUGUAAAAAUCUGUACCAUAACCAUAAAUUUGAAUAAUUCUCUAUUGUAUAAAUGUAUUUGACCAUCAAAUCUAUCUAAGAAAAUUUGUGGUCCUUUCAAUCAUGGCUUUGAAUAUAGUGAUUAAUCAAUUUAUUCUCUGAUAAAUUUUCCAAAGGUUUCAAAUAAAUGUUGUAAUUAGUGGCUCCAUGGAUUAUUUGUUAGCAGCUAUAAGUGUACCCGAGUUAUUAUGGGCAACUCAAAUUCUCAAUACGUGUAGUUUUGAUAUUCAUUUUCUGUCAUAUUUUGUUUAUGAAUAUUAUUAUUGAAUAUAUCAAAUAUUGUCGAUUUGAUUGAAGUCUGUAGUCUUUUUGACUGAAAGUUGGUGCAGAUUUUUUUUUCAAAGCUUUUCUUGUAGAGAAAUCAUGAUGAGCAUAGAAACUAAAGAUCUUAUGCUGCAAUCAACUGCAGCUUCUUAACACAGAUUAUCAUUAAUUUAUCAAGAUAUAUAAAUUGUAGGUGCAUUAAAGGAAGAGAUUACCGGUAUCUCUAAUAUUUAUAUUUUUA